AGUUCAAUUGGGAUCCGCCAUACCGGCGCUUUGAUAGUAGAGGGCAAUCGCGUGCUUCGAAGAGCGCGAGCGUCCGCGUACUCUAGGAAGAGACGUGGCUUUUGCUCUGUGGUAACUUCCGUCUUCUCGGGUGCAUGUUGCUUGAGCUCGCAAAGUGCAGCUGCCGCCAUCAUGCUGAACAGCGGAGGCAUCGGGGUGCCCCUGGGUUUCCCCUUGACUCCUACCUCGGUUAUCCAGGUCACUAAUUUAUCUUCAGCGGUCACUAGUGAGCAGAUGCGGACGCUCUUCGGUUUCUUAGGCGACAUCGAGGAGUUGCGACUCUACCCUCCGGACAACGCACCACUUGCUUUUUCCUCCAAAGUAUGUUAUAUUAAGUUUCGGGAAUCUUCAAGUGUUGGUGUGGCCCAGCAUCUAACAAACACGGUUUUUAUUGACAGAGCUCUGAUAGUUGUGCCCUGUGCAGAAGGUAAAAUUCCAGAUGAAGCCAAAGCCCUCUCUCUCUUGGCUCCUGCCCCUACAAUGACAACCCUGAUGUCUGGUGGAGGAUUGCUUCCAAUACCAACACAAAGUCAUUUGAGUCAGCUCAGUGUUUCCCUUAGCCCAUUGGGAGCGAUACCUGCAGCAGCAUUGGACCAUAAUAUUACAGCCAUUGGAGACAUACCCCAGCCACCAAUUAUGGGCAAUGUGGAUCCUUCCAAGAUUGAUGAAAUUAGGAGAACUGUAUAUGUUGGAAAUUUAAACUCUCAGACUACUACAGCUGAUCAACUGCUUGAGUUUUUCAAGCAAGUUGGAGAAGUCAAGUUUGUACGGAUGGCGGGAGACGAGACUCAGCCAACACGCUUUGCAUUUGUGGAAUUUGCUGACCAAAAUUCUGUACCUCGAGCCCUUGCUUUUAAUGGUGUUGUGUUUGGAGACAGGCCACUGAAAAUUAAUCACUCCAAUAAUGCAAUAGUGAAGCCUCCUGAAAUGACACCACAAGCUGCUGCUAAGGAGCUGGAAGAAGUAAUGAAAAGAGUACGGGAAGCUCAGUCUUUUAUAUCUGCAGCAAUUGAACCAGAGUCUGGAAAGAGCAGUGAAAGAAAAGCUGGUCGAUCGCGCUCCCAUUCACGUUCAGAAUCCAGGUCUAGUUCAAAAUCUCGAAGGCAAAGAUCACGUUCCUGCAGGAGUAGAUCCAACAGAUCCAACAGAUCACGCUCUAGUCAGAAGGAAAGGCACCGCUCCAGAACUCCGACCAAAAAGCGUUCAAAAUCCAAAGAUCGACGGAAGUCCAGAAGCCGUUCCCGUUCUCGAGAAAAGAAGAAAGAAAGCAAAGAGAGAAUCAGAGAAAAAGAAAAAAUCAGAGAAAGAGACCGAGAUAAGGAAAAAGAGAAAGAUCGGGAGAGGGACAAAGAGAGAAGCAGAGACAAAGACAGGGGCAGGGAUCGAGAACGAGACAAGGAAAAGACCAAGGACAGAGACAAGGAUCGUGUAAAAGACAAAGACAAGGACAGAGAGAAGGAAAAGGACAGGGAUAGAGAGAAGGAAAGGGAAAAAGACAAGGAGAAAAUUUUAGCCACAGAAAAAGACAAGGUGGAGGACCUAGAAAAAGACGGUGGAAAAGACAAAGAGAGGGAGACAGAGAAAGAGGGAGACAAGGAGAAAGAUGUCAUUGAACAAAUAAAGGAAAAAGAGGAGGAAAAGGGCAAGGAUCAGGAGAAAGACAAAGAUGGGGGGAAAAUCAAUGAAAAAGAGAAGGAAAAAGAAGGAGAGAAGGAGAAAGAGAAGCCAAAAGAAAAGGAGAGGGAAAGAGAGAGAGAGGAAAGAAGAAAGAAGGAGAAGAGAUCAAGGACCCCUCCCAGAAGCUACAGUUCAUCAAGACGGUCACGCAGUUCCAGCAGGGACAGGCGAAAAAGGAAGAGCCGAAGUCCCUCAAAGUCUCCAAGGCCUUCCAAAACCACAAAAAGGAAAUCAUCACGGUCACCAUCUCCAAGGAGAAACAAGAAAGACAAAAAGAGAGAGCGAGACUCAAGUAAUGACAGGAGAGAGAGGGAGCGCUCAGCAUCCAAGAAAAAGAGCAGCAAAGACAAAGAUGUUAAAGAAAAGUCUGAGAAAACCACAACGUUGAAGGAUAAAGAUCUGAGUAAAGAGAAUCAGCAUUCUGAAACUGACAAAAUGGAGGAGGGGGAUACAGGAGUGGCGGAAGAGGUCAAGCUACAGCAGAAUGGGAACUGUCAACCAAAUGAAGAAAACCUUUCAGUUAAAACAGAGGAAGUAUAAAGUAUUGAUUGGACCUCUGACCUAUCUGUGGAAGGAAAUGCAAAGAUCUUUCUGUCUCCCCUUCUCCUCCCUUCUCAUGUCUCAAGCAAGGAUGAGCUGUACCAAGCAGUCAGCUGGUCACAUUCUGUUGUGCUGCCAGUACUUCCAGUUAUUGUGUUGGGUUGGCGAUCUUGAAGACAAAAAAGAAGCAGCACUGACCAAUAGCAUAUGUUGCGACAAAAGACAGUGGCAUCACACGUGAUCAUUUGUAGGAAUUCUUGUGUUUUUAAAAUGAUACGUUUGGCCAUCAUCUGUUACAGAUAAGUGAAAGUAUGUAAUCUGUAGCAACCAGAAAAGCUGCUGGUUUGGAUUAGAAAUUGAUAAACUAUCGUAGUCCAACACAUUUUAUGUUUUACUUUGUGAAUUUUUAAACUAAACUCCAUGUGAUCUGUUUUGAUAAUGUGCUUGAAAAUGGUGCAGAAAUACACUUGCUUCCUUUAAUGUUGUAAAUGACAGUGAUGAAAAGUUUUAAUCUAACAACACAGUUUUACAGUUAUUGUGUUUAUGCCCACAAACGCUAGUGAAGAUUCUUUUCUCUGUUGCUUGUGACUUUUUUCUUUUUUAUAUUUUAAGAAAUUUCCUUACAAAUAGAUCUAAAAUUUUCUCUUAUUAGUAAUCAGUCAAUGCAUGCUAAUGUUCUUAUUCUAGAAAGAAUGGCCAUGUUAAUGCUGGAUUUCCAUUCUUCCAACUAUAAGCACAUCUGUGUAGUAAUCUCUGAACAACUGGCUUUGUUUUGAGCUGUAUUGCAGUGUGCUAGGCACAUGCAAAUAGGGCAGAUACCUGUGAAGAUAAUAAAUGUUUGCUUUCAGACUGGGAUAUCAGAGCACAAGCUGAUGUUUUAGUGCCUUUUUUGAAAUACAUGAUUUCUGGAAAUGUGUGCUUUAUAAUCCCGUAUUUGUUGAAUCCUUCUUGAUUGUCUAGAUAAGAAUUUGAGAGAUCUGUCAGCCUUCCCAGUCUUUGGGUUGUUCGUUAAGACAUUGAUUUGUUCCGUGGAAAAACGGCACAAUGGAUAUCAAUGUUCAAGGGUACUCAUAAGACAGGCACGAUUCAGUUGUUCUAUAAAUUGCUGUACUGUAUGCCACUUCAGUAUGCCAAGUCAGUGAGCUGAAGAGUUCUGAAUAAAAGUAUUUCAUCUUACCUGGGCUGUGGAUUGCACAGAGCAUCUAACACUGCAGUCAAAGGUGCCCUUUGUGUUUAUAAUCCUUUUUAACAUCCCUAACAUUUUUCCUAGUCUCUGAUACCAGUUGUAUAACAUGAUGGAAAUGGAAGUGUCCACUUUGCUUGCUGGGAAAUAGCCCAUCAGAAAAAAGGACAUGGGUAGGUGCAACCCCUUGCUGACCUCCCUUCAUCUUUGGGAAAGUGGUGACAGAAGGACACAGGCCUUGCACUAAAAUCAAGACCUAUUUUGAAAACAAUACAAUCAAAUUGCCUCACCUUGCAGGAAAGAGUUAUUUCAGUUUAAUAGAAAAGCAGGUAGUGUAUUAAUGACUUACUUUCAGUUUGUGUUUUCAAAACUGCAGUUAAUAGUUAUAGAAAUGUAAACGUUUUUUGAUUAAUUACAAAGUUGAGUUGUCAGGCAAAUAAGCCCAGGUUGAGUGUGACAUGGCUUUUAUUGCCCCCUUUUUUGUAGUCUAAAGGUGCGUCCUCCUCCUUUGGCCUUUAUGUACAUGAAAACUAUAGUGAAUGCUUUACCAUGUAAAGUAUGGACAGUCAUUUUUGUGAUGUUUAAGCCAUGAGCACUUGGCUGGCAAACAGCUUAUUCUGAUAAUAAAGGAAGACAAAUCUCAUAUGCUUUUGAAAGACUGAAAGAUUUGGGUCUUGGAACAGCAGCUGUCAUAUUUAUGAUGUGUAAGUAGAAUAGAGCAAAAAUUGUAUACUUAUUAUCUUUGGUACCAUUUCACUAAUAAAAUUUAAGUAUUUUAGAGGGAA